CAACCAGCAGCCAUGGAGUGGAGGGCAGCCGUAUUUUUUGUUUUCCUACUAAAUAUUGCUGAAUCCAGAAUGCUGCAUAGACAUGAGUUUGGAAUAGCUUCCACACUAGAUUCUUCCCAGUGCUCUACAGAGAAGAAUAUGCUUGGCCUUGCUACCAUCACCUUUGCCCAGUUUGUUCCGGGAGCCACUCUCCAGGAAAUAAACAAAAUGACGAAUGACGUGCUGACUGCAAUUAAGAAACCCACUAGUGAUGAGCAGCAUGGAGGGUGUUUAGAAAACCAGAUGUCUGUGUUUCUGGAUGAAAUUUGCCACGAGAAGGAACUCUCUGAAAAGCAUGGAUACUCCAACUGCUGCAGCCAAAGUGGGGAGGCGAGGCACCAGUGUCUGCUUGCACACAAGAAGACUGCUUCAGCCUCUGUCUUGCCCUUUAGCUUCCCAGAAGCUGCAGAGAGUUGCAAAGCAUACAAAGAAAACAGGGAGAUGUUCAUGAAUAGGGUCAUCUACGAAGUGUCAAGAAGGUACCGCUUCAUGUAUGCACCUGCCAUUCUUUCCUUGGCUGCUCAGUAUGAUAAAACAGUCCCAGUUUGCUGCGAAGCUGAAAACAUGGAGGAAUGCCUCCAGACAAAGAGAGCAUCAAUUGCAAAGGAAUUGAAAGAAGGAAGCAUGCUGAAUGAGCAUGUAUGUGCAGUAUUAAGAAAAUUUGGAUCCCGAAACCUCCAGGCCAUAACCCUUAUUAAGAUGAGUCAAAAGUUUCCCAAGGCGAAUUUUACGGAGAUUGAGAAGCUGGUCCUGGAUGUGGCCCACAUCCACGAGGAGUGCUGCCUAGGAAAUGCAAUGGAGUGUCUGCAGGAUGGGGAAAAAAUCAUGUCAUAUAUCUGUUCUCAACAAGAUAUUCUGUCAAGCAAAAUAGCAGAGUGCUGCAAACUGCCCACCCUGGAACUUGGCUAUUGCAUAAUUCAUGCAGAAAAUGAUGACAAACCUGAAGGUUUAUCUCCAAGUCUAGAUGGGGUUUUGGGAGAUAGAAAUUACGGCCAGCUUUCUUCAGAGGAAAAAAUCAUGUUCAUGGCAAGAUUUCUUUAUGAAUAUUCAAGAAGCCAUACCAAGUUUGCUGUCUCAGUCAUCCUAAGAGUUGCUAAAACAUACCAAGAGAUAAUGGAGAAGUGUUCCCAGUCUGAAAAUUCAGCUGUGUGCCAGAACAACGGGGAAAAAGAACUGCAGAAACACAUCCAGGAGAGCCAGGCGCUGGCCAAGCAGAGCUGUGCUCUUCACCAGAAGCUGGGGGACUACUACUUUCAAAAAGUGUUCCUCAUUGCUUACACAAGGAAAAUCCCUCAACUGACCUCUGCAGAGCUGAUAGACCUCACCAGGAAGAUGGUGAGCAUUGCAUCCACGUGCUGCCAGCUCAGUGAGGAAAACUGGUCUGCCUGUGGUGAGGCAGCGGCUGACCUUUUCAUUGGACACUUGUGUUUAAGACAUGAAGCAAACCCUUUGAACCCUGGUAUUGGUCACUGCUGCAACUCUUCAUAUUCCAACAGGAGGCCAUGCAUCACCAGCUUGGUGAUGGAUGAAAGCUAUGUCCCUCCACCAUUUUCUGCUGACAAAUUCACCUUGAACAAGGAUCUGUGUCAAGCUCAGGGCCAAGCCCUGCAGACCAUGAAACAAGAGCUUCUCAUUAACCUUGUGAAGCAAAAGCCUGACAUGACAGAGGAGCAACAUGAGGCUGUCACUGCUGAUUUCUCUGGCUUUUUGGAGAAGUGCUGCCAAGACCAGGAGCAGGAAGACUGUUUUGCAAAAGAGGGUCCAAAGCUGAUUUCAAGAACUCGUGCUGCUUUGGGAGUUUAAACUCCUCCAGAGGGAAGAGAGGACAAAAUGAAUUGACAGUUUGGUGAUAAUACUUUAAUGACAUGGUGAAGACUUCCAUUUGAGAUUUCUCCCCCCAAGAAAUAAAGACUUCCCA